AUGCCUGCCGCUGCCGACGUCCAGGCGGCCACGCUCGACAGGUUCCUCGAGUCGUGGAAGAACCAGAACGCCAGAGCCACCAUCGAUCUGUGGUCUGACGACUUCAAGCAGAGGCUGCUGCCCCUGUCCCUGGGCACGCCGGUGCACUCGCGCGCCGCCGCCGAGGCCAUAUACCCGAAGCUGGUCGAUAAUUUGACCAACUGGGAGGCGGGUUUUCUCGACAUCAAGCAGGUGGUGCACGACGCGGCGCGGGGCACGGCGGCCGUCUACGCGACUUCGCUGGCCGACACGCCGCUGCCGGGCGAGAAGUGGACCAAUGAGUACGCCAUCUUCGUCACCUUCUCCGAGGACGGCACCAAAGUGAGCAGGCUGGAGGAGAUGGUGGACACGGCGUUUUACGCCAAUUUUUUUCCCAAGUUCCAGCAGUAUCUGAUGCAGCCGGGUGCGAGUCACUGA